CAAAAAAUAACAUUAUAUUUUAAUGAUUUCUGUAAUUGUUGUUCACAAACGUGUCACCGUAUUUAAAUUGUACGAACAAAUGAUUAGAAAUUGUCAUGCUUCCACCGUAAGCCACGACACUUAUUCAAGAAGCCAUCCACUUGCUUCGGCUGCACGACAAGACUAUGGCUUCUCUCCGAAGCGUAUCCCUUCUAUAAAUACUCACUACCUCAAGACUUCACUCACACUUCGCAUACACUCCUCCACAACAAUGAACCCGUUCGUAGAUUCCAAUAUUUUUGUUCGCAUGGCGCAAGACAUGGAAGAUGAAGACCAUGACCUCGAGGUUGCGACGUACCAACAUCGUAGGCGUCGUGCACUUAACGAGCGACGGUAUGCUGGUUCCAUUCCCGGUCGUGUUCGAAUCCAUCGUGACCAUAUCAGCGGUGAUGCAAGAAUCCGAGCCGACUACUUUUGCGCGCAACCGGUGUACACGGAUGCACAAUUUCGGAGGAGGUUUCGCAUGCGUCGCCAUGUGUUUGAGCGUCUCGUUCUUGCUGUGCAACAAGUGGAUCCGUACUUCGUUCAACGUCCAAACUGUGCGGGUGAGCUAGGCCUAUCUGCCCUUCAGAAAGUUGUUGCUGCCGUACGUAUCCUUGCAUACGGUGUUCCUGCGGAUGCCGUUGACGAGUACGUACGAAUUGGAGAAUCUACAGCACAUGAGGCUUUGAAACACUUUUGCACUGCCAUACAAACUGCUUUUGGGGGGUAUUAUCUUAGGAAACCUACUCCUGCUGAUAUCGCUAGGCUUCUCCAUGUUGGAGAAUCACGCGGCUUUCCUGGUAUGCUUGGUAGUGUCGAUUGCAUGCAUUGGGAGUGGCGUAACUGCCCAACUGCAUGGAAGGGGAUGUUUACCGGUCGUGGUAAACACCCUACAAUGAUCCUCGAAGCUGUUGCCUCAUAUGACUUAUGGAUUUGGCAUGCAUACUUCGGCAUGCCAGGUAGCUGUAACGACAUCAAUGUUCUUCAGCGUUCUAACUUGUUCGAUUCGCAUCUUCAUGGUGAUAGUCCACCAGUGAGUUUCUCCGUCAAUGGACACACCUACAACAUGGGAUAUUACCUAGCAGAUGGUAUUUAUCCGGACUGGCCAGCGUUUGUGAAGACAAUCCGUCAUCCGUAUGAUGUGAGGACCCAACAUUUUGCCACUGUUCAAGAGUCUGCUAGAAAAGACAUUGAACGAACAUUUGGAGUACUACAGAAGCGAUGGGCCAUAGUUCGUGGUCCUGCAUAUGGUUGGUCUCCACAACACAUUGGAGAUAUCAUGAAAACAUGCAUCAUAUUGCACAACAUGAUCGUAGAAGAUGAAGGACCUUCGUCUAUGAACACAAGCUUUGACAACAUCGGAGUUCUGGCGGAUACUAGUCAUGGUUCAUUUUCCGAGCGCAAUGAGUAUAUCAACAACAGGUACGACCAACUACAUGAUCCAGUCAAAUAUAAUCAGUUGCAGGUUGAUCUAAUCCACCACCACUGGGCGCGGCUUGGAUCGGGAGCUGCUUAAGUAUGAAGUUUAUGUCUCCCAUGUGUUAAGUAUGUUUGUCAUUGUCUAGUCUAGUGUGCUAUGUCGUGAAGCUAUGGUAAUCCGAAGGUAGUAUGUGUUAAGUAACAAGUUUGUCAUGUCGUCUGUUCCGUUAUUCCGAAGCUACUAUGUGUUAAGUACGAUGCAGUUUAUGUUUGUACUAUGUUUGUAGUAAUCCGAAGCUGGCGAAUGUGUAAUGCUAUAAUUCAGGAAUGAUAUAAGAAGUCCACUAUUAUUAAGCAACAUGAUUCAGUUCUAAUAUGACAGAACAUAAAUUGGUCAAGUUCAGAAACAUUAAAUAGUUCUCGAAAACAAAUAAGAGUACUUCCUCAACGAGUUUAAUGAACAUUCACUUGCUUGACGACGAGCUUCCAGUUACCCUAGCCAGAAUCUCCUGUUGUUUUGCCUCGUAGUACUGGCGAAGAAGGGGGUUACAUUUUGUCAAAUCCAUGCUCAAUAUGAGAACCUCCUGUUCCGUGUCCUCCUUCACCUUUUGUCGUUCCAUCUUCAUCUUCUCUAAGUUUAGCUUCUUCCUCUCCAAUAUCAGUUUCUGCCUCUCCUGUUUUUUCAUGAACUCCAACUUCUUCUCCUCAGUUGAAGCUACUGAUUUGUAGACAGAUAACCGUUCCAAAGAGAGCUCACCCAUUCGUGUUAGGUACUCCGAAUCAGUGGAUGAUGUGUUUUCUGAUCUUUGCUUCUUUGCCUUUUCCUUUGCUGAAUCACGACCAAGCGGCCUUUUGGAAGUAAAGCUUGAAGGAGCUGAUUCUUCAGCAGCGUCACAGUCAAUAGUAUUUGAUUGGGUACCAAUUGGGUUGGGUGGAGGAUUUUGAGUGCUCAUGUGCUGGUCCAUCCAUUUAGGUUGAUCCUUCAAUAUGGACCAGCAAUGUAAGAAAUGGAAGGGCUUCUUUUCAACAGCAGCAAAACGAGUAGCCGCAAGCG